AUGGCUGAGAGAAAGCAUCGUGACAAAUGGAAUGCCGCUGCGGUGAGCAAGCGGCUCCAAGCGACCGAUGUUCUCAGCGAUGAAGUGUCUGCGCAAGUUGCCGCGUGCGGGGGUAGCGGCAUGGAGCGGAUUGAGAAGCUAUGGGACGUCCCGUGCAGGACGAGCAGGGCAGAGGAUGCUCAGAGUGCGUCCCGCUGCGUGCUCGACGCCUGCAGGCGUCUCCGCUUCAGCUGGAACGGUGCCAACGCUGCUGCUCGUCGCGCUUCCCAGGAGUUGCCUGCCGAUCCCGUGUAUCGCGCAGAGCAAGCCCAGUGGGCGCGCACAGCCCGUGCAUACGCGGACUACACCAGCGAUAUGCAUCGGGGAGAGCACGAGGCGCUGGUACCUGACGACAAAGAGAAGAAGUUCAUGUGGCGCAUGCCUGUGGGCUGUUACCUCUGGCUGCUCGUGCAGUAUGCCAUGAUGGCGCCGUCGUGGGUCCUCACGUCCAUGACGGUGGAUCAGGCAAACACGAGGUGUUGGCAUGUGCUCAAUUCUCUCCUGUCUCCGGCGCUGCAGCGUUUCUUGGGCUUCGCUAGAUACCGGCACGUGCUACCCUAUUAUUAUGCCACGAUUAAGAGUAAGUGCUUCAGCGCUGGGAGGAAAGUGUGCUCGAAGCCCUUGCACAGUUGCGUCCGGAAGGUCGUUUCGUGCGCGUCGUGGCCAGGGCGCAAACGGUGGCGGUCCAUCCACCGUGCCCUGCAAGCUGUCGUGCAGGCGCACGGGGGGGGAGACGAAGUGUGGUCACUGAAAGCGGCUUGUCCCACCAUGGAAGCCCGCAUGCGCGCGGCCCGCGUGCAGUCGGGCCUUGCGAGCUGCGCUCGGUGCGGAUGCCCCAAGCCAACGUCAGUUGGGCUCGUCGCCGACGCGGGCCAGUUCUUCGAAGCUGUAACACCUGCCCAGGCCAUGGCGGCAGCGCAGGUUGUCAUGCGCCGGUGCGUCGAGGCUACGGGCAAGGAUUCGGUCACUGUGAAGUUUGGGAGGCGCCGUGCUGCUUUCAUCGGCGGUUCUCCCGCAGCCGCGGUGGCCGGGUCGCGUUGCUUCGCCAUGGCAGACUUGUUUCUCGCGUUCGGGGCGCGCAUGCUUACCACCUUCUGCUCGCUGGGCGACAUGGUUUUUAGCCUCCGCGGGCUACCCAUCGGCGGAGUGCUAUCCAAGAUCGCAUCCAGCUGUGUCUUGGGGUUGGAAGAAGAAGCGUGGGAACUCUCGCCGCAGCGCCGUGCGUCCCUUGGGUUCGCGGCAACUUCACCUUGCUGGAACCAGGAGGUUGCGCGAGGCAGGUACGUUGAUGACAUAUUUUGGGCGUCUGGGGUGCACUGCCACGCUUGCCUGUGCGCGGCAGUAGAAAGAACGUACAGCGUGAAGUUUGAUGUUGAACAGCAGUCAAGCGUGGUUCAAUGGUUGGACGUCAGAUUUGACACGCUGCGGCACACGUGGCGCAUGAAGGAAAAAGCCUGGCGGAUCUCACCGCCGUGGGCUCUGUGCGACCGCGCCGCCGCUAGUCUGCUCCGGGGUCGUUUCAGCAGGUGGGCCGAGGUCCCGCUGGAUGACGGCAUGUGGUGUGAGGCGCUGAUUUCCGUCCUCGUCGGAUUUCGCGACUCCGGCUGGGACAGCCGCGGGCACGGCAGGGCCGACUGGCGCCAGAGUCACGACACGGACCGGCGCCUGGACAGGCUCGAGAGGAGCAGGGACCGUCGUAAAGACAAGAAAGGCAAGAGAGAGGACGCUGCCGGCCUGCCGGCCGGAGACAUGGCAGAGCUGCAGGAGUUUCGCAGGCAGGCCGAAGUGCUGCGGAUCCGGCAGGAGGUGCAGGACGCCAUCGCCUCCCAGGGCGUGCCGGGGUCCGGGGGCACAAGGGGCGCGCCGCGCACGCCUCCUCCGAGGGAGCGGCAGCCGGAGAAGUUCACACCCAAGACGGCGAAACUCGUGGUUGCUGAGGCGCGCGUGCUCUUGAACGGGGAGUGCCGGAGUUUGGUGGCGCCAGGAGCCGCGACCUGGGCGGAGGUGAAGCAGCAGCUCUCCGCACACCCGGUUGCAGACAUCAAGCCGCUGUACGCGCAGCUCCGGCCCGACGGACCGGCACCGCGCGCUAGGGAGCAGGCGGCGAUGCAGAGACGGGUGCCGCUCCCCUUGGUGCACGCCCUGCUCGUGGGCAUCGCCAUUGGGCUGGCAGUGGCGCGGGCGCAGAUGCGCGGCAGCAGCGACACUUGCAGCAACGAUGAUGUGUGUCGUUCGUGGUACGCGUCGCCGUUAUGCCGGGUGUACCGGCACGCGGAAGCUGUGAAACUUCUGGCAUGGGAUGAGAGAGGUUUUUCACAAUGGCUCGAGAACGUCUUCCAAGUCCCUAUCAUGUCAGGCCCCACACAGAUGCUGACAGUGGUCGCGGUGGCCCUGUGGCGCCCCCGCGCGAUCGCAGCUCCCGUGCAGGUAAUGCGGGAUAGCCCUGUCAGGGUGCGAAGGCUGCUCGGCCGGGACGCCGACACAGGCAGCACUGUGCGGAGGCGUCUUGUCUUCGAAGGGGAGUCCUGGGAGAGGUAA